UUCGGCCGUUGGCACACAUUGGCGCUACUGUCUAAGUAUUUUACGCAUGUUCCCACUAUUUAAACUAUUUUUAAAAUAAAUCGAAUAAAAAGUGAUUAAAACGUUACUAAUUAGUAUUAUUUUAUAAUUAAAUGAUUGGGAUUUCAACAUAGAUAAUUUUUUAUUUUAUUAUUGAUAACCCAAUUCAAAAUUGUCAAAUGUCAAAAACCUAGAAUCAAAACAUGCGAGUGACAAAUAAUUUAAAAAUGUAAUAAAAUUUAAACUAAAUACCACGCAACUGAUGUUUGGAAACUAUUCGAACCAUGAUAUAAAUACAUACAAAUUCGAAUCACGACUCUAGACGAAGCAAAAAUGCCCGGAAAAGUAAAAGUAAAAAUUAUAUCAGGGAAAAACUUACCUGUUAUGGAUAGGUCGAGCGAUACCACAGAUGCUUAUGUGGAAAUUAAAUUAGGCAACACUACAUACAAAACCGAUGUAUGCAGGAAAUCCCUGCACCCCCAAUGGAACUCCGAAUGGUACAGAUUUGAGGUUGACGAUUCAGAACUACAAGAUGAACCCCUGCAAAUCAGGCUCAUGGACCAUGAUACAUACUCAGCUAAUGAUGCAAUCGGCAAAGUUUACCUAAAUUUAAAUCCACUACUUCUCCCUGCUGCCAGUCAGUUAGUCAAGUACAACUACAAUGGGGAUUCGAAUACAAAUCAUGACAACAUUGGUAAUUCGGUUAUGUCAGGUUGGAUUCCUGUAUACGAUACUAUGCAUGGUAUUAGAGGCGAAGUGAAUAUUAUCGUUAAAGUGGAAUUAUUCUCGGAUUUUAAUCGAUAUCGACAAUCUUCCUGUGGAGUUCAGUUUUACUGCUCGCCCACUGUGCCUCAGGGUUAUUACGCUCAAGUGAUUCACGGGUUCGUCGAAGAACUAGUGGUAGACGACGACCCGGAGUAUCAGUGGAUAGAUAAAAUCCGGACCCCUAGAGCUUCGAACGAGGCGCGGCAAACUUUGUUUUUUAAAUUGUCCGGGGAAUUGCAAAGAAAAAUCGGCGUGAAAGCGUUAAAUUUGGGGGGUAACGCCGUGAUUGGCUACAGUCAGCACUUCGAUUUGGAGGGGGAGUGUGGGAUAGUGGCCAGGGGGAUUGGGACAGCUGUUACUUUGAUCAAAAUUGUGGAUUUGCCUUAUAAUAAUCCCGCGGUUUUGGUCAGCAAUGAAGACAAGAGCGAAGAGCGUGCAAAGAGUUAUUUAAAAUUUGUUGGUUGUGACAAAAGCUUUCGCCUAAACGCAACCCCCUCAAUGCCGGGUUUUUAUAUCCCUUUUCCAAACCCCCUGAAAAAUUUCCACCCCAAAAUACAGGAACGCAGCUUGGUGAAACCUAACUACAAAUUCACCAAGCAUUUAUCUUUGAACGACCAUUUGACUAAAUCGAAUCCUUCCUUGAACGAUCCCUCUCUGAAAACCCUCCUCAAGCAGGAGGAUAAACGGGGAACGCCUGGCAAGGGCUUGUCUCAAAGAUUCAAGAACUUUAAAUACUCAUCGCAUAGCUCUUUGUCGAAAAAAAUGACUGCUUUAAAGGCCAAAUUGGGCGACACAGGUAUUGGGGAGGAAAACGAGGAGUACACUCCAAUGGACGGGAAACAAAGGCGCAACCUGUUCAAGCGCGCUCAAAGCGAAAACGCUCCUAGCAGUGCAAUGGCGGAAUUACUGGCCAGGAGUGUGAUACAAGCACACAACAGUUUGAGUUGUAUUUUGGAAACGAAUUCUCAGCAUACUGACUCAGAAUCUGAGACAAUGGAAAAGCUGGAACCCAUUGCAAGUUUGCUAAGUAAAACCGUAUCUGAGCCCGCGAUACCUUUAGAUGAUAACGAAUGCGUGAGCUAUUCUAGCUCUGAGUCGACCAGCUCAGACUACGAUUUCGACUUGAACGAUGUAAGCCAUGAACCAAACUUCGAUGAUUUUGAUACGAUAAGUAACAUUCUUUCCAAUGUCGAGCUGUUGGAGAGGGAUCAGGGUAAUCUCAAAAAACAGUACUCUUUACCGCUGCUACCUACUAAAAGCUCUUCCGCGGAUAUUACUGGAAAUGUUUUUAUGUUUCCUGCUGACAGCGAGGACGAUUUCAGUGUUAAUUAUGAUGCUGGAUCGGAAUUUUCCGGCAUUAUUCCUGAUGUCUCAUCUGCAGAAAUAUAUGAGGUUUUUGAGGAAAUACAAAAAAUUGCGGAAAUUAAUGAUGUGGAAGAUGAAAACUCUACAAAUUCUGAUACACAUGUAGAUCAAAAUAAAAGUAAAGAAAAAUUGGCUGUAUUCACGAUGAAUGAAGAUGACGAUGAAAAGGAAAUAGAAAUAGAUCCUCUAUCAAAACAAGAAGAAGUGGUGGUUCCACAAAGCCCUAAACCUGCACCUACAGAUAAAUUCAUAAUUCCCCCAGUUAUGAUUGGAGCUAACAUUAAACCAAAAGGCUUAGUAAAAACAGCAAUGCAGACAAUGUUAUUAGAAAAAGUUAACAUCAUAGGCACUUACACACCGCCCACUUCCCCUACAUAUUCUGAUUGCAGUAUUUCACCGUCGAAACCACAAAUGUUUUAUUCGCCUUUUGUUCUGCCUCAGAAAGAGCAAAAAAUAAAGAAAUCUUGUACUUCUGGAGAUUUUUCCGAUUAUCUUAGGAAAAAUGAGACUGUCUUAGGUGUACCUUUCACCCAUAUAACAACCUUAAAGUCUGAUAUACUCAAAAGACAGCAAUCUCACCCCUGUUUAUCUGUGCAGCAGACUGUCGUGGCUAGAAAGGAAGUUAAAUUUCCUGAAUCUAUAAGGAAAGCGAGGCAAAAUUGUUUUUCCGACAGUGAAUUGCAUAAGCCCAUCAUAGAGUCCUUUAUUAAAGAGAAGGAUCACAAGAAAUUGAGGUUUUUGCAAUUGUUACUUAAAACCAGAAGUCACGAGUCUUCACUAAAUGAGCACGCACACAAACGGAGAUUCAGCUUGUUUCACCACAACAAGAAAAAGGAGAAAAGUAGCGAUGAGUUGCAUAAGAAAAAGUUUCAUUUUAUAAGACGUAGAAGUCGUAAGGUGUCGGAGAAUGAUCAUGAAGCCAAAGAACAUAAAAACCUAAUAUCAAAAAUAUUCAGCAAAUCUGAAAAACACAUUGAUGAUAAAUCCGGAAGUGUUUGUGAAAAACACAUCGAUGAUAAAUCUGGGAAUGUUUCUCAGACAAAUACUCCAACUCCAAGCCGUCCCGUCACUCCAAACUUUCCCUCGUCCACGAUUUUAUUAACCAGUACUAAUACUACUAACGUCGAACCUGAUAACGAAAACACUCAAAAAGUUGAGCUUGUCAACACAAAAACUGAUACAAGCGUUAGUAACAGUGAUAAGCAAGCAUGCUUAACCCCAAAUAGGAAUAACACGUCACCUCUGCCUCCGGACCUCAACGUCAAUGGGAACCACACGCCGGAGCAGAUUCCCAAACAGCCUUCACCAGCGAAAAUCAACCACAACAUCUCGAUAACGCAUCGAAGAUCUUCGGACUCCGACCUGAGCAUCACGCCGAAAGGAAAUAGCUUAACAGGCAGUGAUAGGUCUGGCGGAGCCACUAGCGGAUAUUUUAUGAGAAACAACGUUAUGUUGAGGUCUCAGGUGCAUCAAGAGAAUUUCGAUAUGCUGGAAUAUCCAUUCCUAACCAUGUCAAAAUUUCCAACAGGAUUUAUACUGCAAAUAGGGGGUGCUGUAAGUGCAAGAUCUGUAAAACUCUUGGAAAGGAUAACAAAUGUGGAAGAACCAGAAUCCAGAGACACUUGGUGGUCGGAAUUAAGAAUGGAAAUAAGAUCGCACGCCAGAAGUUUAAAUUGCAACGCUGUCUUAGGGUAUUCGGAAACGACCAGCAUAUGUGACGAUGUAUGCGUUUUGAGUGCCAUCGGUACAGCGGCGGUAAUUGGCUUCAUGUAUACUGAUGAAAAUGAAGACUCGAUAGGAAAUUUACCUGUGAUACAAAAACCCCACAAUCUACCAAAAAAUAUUAUGACAACAUCGUUAGAUAGGAAUUUCGAUAAAGAAAAAAAUCCCAUCAAGGAUGAAAAGAAUAAUAAAACACUAUUUGAAAGUCCGGAACAUAAUUCAAAUUCAAAUGCAUCUAGCUGGGUUCCUUGUAAUAUAACGCAUUUGCCUUAUGAUUCUAAUAAUGUUCCCGUGAGAUCAACAGUAUUUAAGUGCGGGGUAUGCUUAAAAGGGAAAGUGCCUGACAUUUUAUUAUCCACCAUAGAACCCCCCGACAAUUUACCCAUAAUAGGAAGGGGAUGUUUUUUAGAGUCAAUCUUAUGCAGGCCCUUAAAAGAUUUACGUGGUGAAUCAACCGCCAAAGACAUAAGCGAUGGUUUACCGUUUUUGGAGUAUGAACUUCAUAGAUUGCUUAUAAAUAAGUUAAAAAUUAAGGGGAUGAAUUCGAUAUUUGGCUUAAAAAUCAAGAUUUCUAUAGGGGAAAGAAUGCUAACUGGCAUAGCCACGGGGACAGCCCUAUUCUUAGCCCCAUUACCGAGCCCUGGUAUACCCAAAUUAGUGUCAGACAGAAAUUCCGAGGAAAAAAAGGUUACCAACUUGCAAAAAGAUCUACACGAAGCUGUUAAAAAGAAUAGGGAUAUUUAUCAACUCAAAGGGGUUGAGGAGAUUCCUAAUGGACGGUUGUUGUCAGACAAUGAGGACUCCGAGGACGAACUAACGUCCUUGGAUUUGUCCUUGGGAAAUAAGGACUAUUGCGUUCUUGAAGUCGACGAUCCUCAGGAUGAGGAAGUUAUUAGUCUCUUAGUAGAAAGGCCCCCCCCAGAAGGUUUUCAUGUCGUUAACACUGAAACAGUGCCAGGUCUGGAGGAUCUGGAGAUAGUGAAAAACUUGCAGAUGUUCACGCAAAUCUAUCGCGUUAAAAUUCAGCCCCAAUUCAAUUUGAACAAUCAUUUCCGUCGAUUACUGGAUACCGUUUAUUUUAAGUUAAGAAGGAUGGUUCCUUGUGCCUUAUGCGACUUAGAAUUUAGAAUUGAUUUGCCCGAACCGGACGAAAUACAGUUAUGCGUUAUUGGAAUGGCCUUGGGUUUGGGAAAGACUCAGAAAAAAGCGAAAUCAAAAAGAACUGAGGACGAUUUAAUAUUUAAGUUAGAUGAAGAUUCAGUAUCUGAUACGACUUCUCUAUCAGCUCAAAGUCAGUUAUCCAUAAAAAGUAAGAAAUCGCCAUCGAAAAGUAGAGUUUCAUCCAUAAAACAAAGACAUAUACCAUACAAAGAACGACACGGGGUUGACAUUACACCUUUGUCCUACGUACCUGGAGGUAAAAUAGAAAGAUACCUAGGCAAUUUAAACUUCUUUUUCAUAAGGGAAACUACCUCUAUUCGCGAGGAGGGUGGGUUAAGCGGUUUUAUUCACAGCUUUAUGACUGAGGUGCUGGCCAUUGUACGAGCUCAUGUUACUGCGUUAGGCGGUAACGCACUUGUUGCGUAUUUUAUGACUGAAUGCGUUUUGAAUCACAGCCUCUACAAAAAUCAGGGACAAUGCUUGAUAAACGUCGGUGGAGAUGUGGUUUUUGUUUCAUACUUUAAAGAAGACAUCUAAUUUUAUUUUUUGUUGGUAUUAGGGUAUAUUUUUUACAUUUUUUGCUUGCUUAAUUGAAAAAAUAAAUCUGAAUACUAUUAGGUAAUUUUUGUUGUAUAAACGUGCUCUUAAUACUCAUGUGAAAACCGCAAUAUUUAUUUUUGGCAAUAAUUUAUGUUUAACAUGACAAUCAUGAACAUACUAGGUUGUAUUUACAAUUAUUUAAUUUGGUUUGUUACUUUGUAUUAACAUUUAAUAUGAAAUACGAAAAAUUAACAUCUAGUCAUUUGCUUUGUACUUAAUAUCCAUACACUGUAUUUCAUAUUAAAAUUUUUUCACUUACAUAGAAGAGGUCCUGGCUUAAAAAUAUUUUAAUUAUUUUGUCAUUUUGUAAAAAUGACACCAUUUUUUAAUACACUAUGUAUACAUACCUUUGAAAUGUAAAUAUGAAUUUGUUUUAGUUGUGUUCUCAAAAU